AUGACGACAGUGGACCAAUUGAAGCACGAUUUGGAGGCUUUGCUCGCUGAGUGCAAGCGAAAACACGCCGACGUGCGUACGGCCACAGAAACAGCGCUCAAUGCUGCCAAAAAGGUCGAUCCAAAGUCGAGAAUAAACGACAACGUACAGCUCCAGCACACGCUAUGUGUACCGUUUAUGAUGGCCGUGGCGGGCGGGCUGAAGCCUCAAACACAGGCUCUUUCCGUUUUGCCGAAACUCAUUGCUGCUUCGGCGCUUCCGGCUGAUUUUGCCGACGAUCUUCUUCAAAGCUUCUACAAGAACGAUGUCCACCUGCUGCCGCUUGAUUCCCAGUUGAAGAUACUCCAGACGAUUCCGGCGCUCAUGCAGAACUACGAGAUUCACGGCAAGAGCUUCUUGUUGCUUGUGGCGGUCUUGUGUCUGCUUAUGGGCUCAGGUAGUCCUGCUUUAUCGAAUACUGCCUCAGCUACAAUGCAACAGGUGUUUUCGGGAUUAUACGAUAAGUUGGGGAAACACACUAAAGGUGACCAGCUCCAAGCGGUGGAAUUGGCCUCAGCGGGCUCGGAAAAACCACAUGUGUUCCACUUGGACAGCUUGGAGUCCGAGUGUUACAAGGUAUUCAACGACCUCAGCGCCUUGGUAGCAAAUGACGAGGUGGAGUACUUCGACCCCGAUAUCCACAUCCGCCGUGUGGUUGUGCUUGAGAUCAUUGAAAACGUGCUUUCGCUCAACAAGGCUACGUUUCGAGACCACGAGGAGCUUAUCGCCUUGUGCCGUGUCAAAACGUUUCCUGCGUUACUCAAAUUGGUCACGUCAACCACCCACAACUUUCCCACCAUCGUAAGAGCCUUGAGAAUAAUUCACUUGCUUGUGGCCACCCAGGCUGAUCUUUUGGGUAUGGAGACAGAAAUCGUGCUUUCCUCAACCAACCACCUACUACUCGAUGCAGAAGACUCAUCCUCCCGUUCGCUGUCUGUCACUGCUGUAUCUGCUGAAAACGUACAGCCAACAACCAGCUUGCCUUUCUGGGUGAAGGUCUUGGUUUUGGAAAUGUACAAGACUCUCUUUAACAACUUCGACGUGGUUCGUGUCAUCUAUGAAACCUACGAUAGAGAUGAAAAGAAGAAAAACGUAAUACGCGAGCUUUUUAGCGUGCUCAACCACUAUCUCGAGUCGAGCUUGCCUCAGUUCUUUGCGGAGGAAACCAUCCCUAACGCUGAGAAAAACACUUCCCGUCUUAGCAAACAGAAUGCCGCAUUGAAGGUUUCCCUCCUCGACCAUUUGGACAAAACCGACCCUCCAGCAUCGGUGCCCCCGCUCUACCCUGCUCAUUUGGUGUUCAAAAUCCUCAUAAGCGUGGCAGAUGGUGUAUCUGAAUUCGUUUCUCGCAUUUCAGCCAACUCCAACACAAAUGAUAUCGAGGCCAAUGUGGACUUCAUCACCAGCUUCAACGAGACAAUAUCCCCAGAGGUGUUCAAGCUACUCAAGAAGUACCUUCAUUGUGCCACGGACAAUGAGUACUUUCAUAACGUAGUCAGGGCAGUUCAGAGGUAUACUCACGCUGUGGGGCUUUUGGGCAUGACGCUGUUGCGGGACGAUUUGCUUGUGCUUCUUUCUGACUGUGUGAUCAAGGGACCAGCUCCUUUGGAACCACGGAAACACAAUAACUCCAACUUGCUUGCCUUGGGUGAAUCUAUUGUUGACACCAUCAGCUCUACAAUUCAGGCUCCAGCAUCUCCUCAAAAUUCCCAGGCUAGUCAAUUUGAGAGUAGCUCCAAGAAGAGUAUCUCCGAUGACGAGCUGCUCGCCUUCGGAUCCAGAGUGUUCACCUCCCGUCAAAUAAUCUGCUACAGGGCUUUGAGUAACUUGGCAAUUUCCCUCGGCCUCACAUUGCAGGACUCUUGGAGAAUUAUGUGGAUCACUUUUCAGUGGGUGGACUACUUCCUAAGUGGAGCUGAUGAAUACAGUGGCUUUGCCAAUAACAAAGAGCUCAAGAAGUUUGCCGAGCCUCAGGUCAGUUCACAAGACUUCACAAUAAUUCGCAACGCAAGAGCAAAGUUGUUGGAAAGCAUUAGUGCUUAUCAGCCUCAGUCUUUUGAGGAGCUCGUGAAGGUCUUGACACUGUUGUACAACGAGGAUCUGGCCACCAUAAAGACCAUUCAGACUUGUCCUUUUAACCGAAGCUUCUUUAUACGCCUGUUGGUUCUUCUUGUUACCAACAGCCCAUCGUUAUUGCUUGAAAACCAGCCCGUUUGGGACCAUCUCAUCAACUACUUCACCGAUUUGGCCACGGACAGAUCCAUUCCACACCACAGAAGGAACUUCUAUGUCACUUGCAUGAAUGACGUGGUAGUCAGCGUCACCAAGGAGGGAUUCCAUAAUUCGAACGAUACUGAUGGCUUGGCUGCAAUGUCCCUUAAAGCCUUCAUAACAUUCAUUGACAAGCUUUUUGGGCUUCCAGACUCAGAAGAAUUGCUCGUGUCCAAUUGUGAGACCGAGAUGCAUUUGACCGUACUCACCACUCUCAGGAGUCUCAUUGACGAGUUUGAUGAUCGAUUCCAGAAUUGCUGGGGUCUAGUCUUUACUAUUUUGAGAUCUGUGUUCCACAAGCAUGCUGGUUCAAAUGUCCAAGACAAGAAGCUUGACGAAAAGACCAGACUUUUGAUCGCAACUUCAUUCGACACUUUGAAGUUGAUCUUGGAUGAGUUCUUAAACUCCCUUCCCGAGGAGCACUUGAAAACGCUCAUCGACACACUUGUCAAUUUUUGCUCCCAAGAGCACGACCUCAAUAUCUCGUUUUCCUCUGUCAGCUACUUCUGGUCUAUCAGUGAUGCCAUACGCUCUCAUAUGGAUGGCGCAUCUGCAACAAGUUCCGAUAUCUCCGUCGAGGAAGCGGAUACUAUCAAGAAACUCGAGCUUGCAUUGGAAAAGUGCUCCACCGACACUAUUGCAUUCAACCAGGGCUUGAAUGUAUACCUUCUUGCCAGGUUGUCGGACUUAUCGUCAGACUCAAGAACUCAGGUAAGAGAGGGGGCUAUCCAGACUUUGUUCCAGAUUUUGGACGCUCACGGAAGAUACUUGCCUUCCUGGCAAAUGAUGUACGACGUUGUGCUUCCUGGUGUCAUUGACGUAUCUAGAUGGAAGGAGAAGUCAACUUCGCCACACAAUGACAUAAUCAGUACCUUCAAUCUUGUGUUGUCGGGUCUCGUUGCGGUGCUCAACAAGUACAUGAUUGAUUUUACCGACAAAGCUACUUUGGCUGUGAAGCUCCAGUUCUGGCUGCAAAUAUUGAACUACUUCAACAAUCUCCUCGCCUUAAAUUGGAAAGACCUUAACCUCAAGAUCUUCCAGUCUUUCCAGGACCUUAUCUUGCCCUUGCCCAAAGUGAAGGAUGUUCCUAGCGAGGUUGUCAAUUCUGUGUUCGACUUCUGGGUGAAUGUUCCCGUGGAAUACGACUUCGUGAAUCCAGAAUACCAGGAUUCGCUUGCGGUGUUCAACAGAUCCUUUACUUCAGUUUAUCCGGUUGUUGAACACAGGCUUUCAUUGGCAGACUUGAGCAAGGUGUUGAGUCUUUUGAAUCAGUGUGCGAGAUACCCUGUUCUCAAAUCGAGUCUGAACGAUUCUGAGAAGCUCACGGACAUUCAAAAGGCCGUGAUCGAAAACCUCAAGUUGCUUUGCAAGAAUGAACUGAAGGACGAGUUCAAUUCUGUCAUUAUCCAACACCUUUGCAUUAUCCUCUGCUAUCCAUACCAGACGAGAACUCGGAUUGAAAGAAAGCUCAAGAGCAAAUUCGAGGGCAGACUCAAAAUCCCCACAUUUACUGCUAUCAGUGAAGCUUCGCUAGAGUUGAUGACGGAGAAGAUCCACGGCUUGGGAAAUCUCAAUGUGCUUCUUCCAGAACAAGGUUUCGAGAAACUCGUAUCAUCGUUGAUUGAGGCCGUGAGCUACAAAGCUCAAGGCUGCCAGGGCAACGAAAAGCCACAGUGGGUCAAGUGUAACGAGCUCAUUACACACCUUGCUCAAAGGCUCUUGAAUGAGAACUUGAGUGAAGUGAAGAACAGAAACGAGGUAUGGCACCUUUUGGUGGAUGCGCUCACCGUUUGUUUCGAGGACGUGAAGCCUGAAGAAGAGAAGGAAACUUUCAGACAAAUCGAUACUCUUGAGGAGAUCGUUUUGCCUGUCUUGUUUCUGGGUAAUAUCAAGCAAGAAGAGGCAUUGCAGCAGACGAUUGGCCGGAUCUACAGCCACUCGUAUCUUUACGAAAUGAACAAUGUUGAACGAGAGCUUUGUGAAGGCAGCUUGGAACACACGAUAUCGUCGUUGGCCAACUUUGCGUUCAAUGACUGUUUCGGAACCACGGCACAGCUUGUUCCGUACAAAAACAGAGACAUCAGACUUCGCUGUCUUGUGGAUUUGUUCAAUUUCGCUCUGAAUAACGACCGCAGCCUGGCUGUUGCUUUUAAGUUUGCCUUGGCCCGUGCAUCCUUCACGCUUCGUCGUGUCAUUGCAGAACAACGUCUUUUGAACAAAAAGCCCAUGGCGAGAAUUCUUGAAGAGGAACUCAAGGUUGUGCUUGAUGGAUUGAAAAAAGUUCAGAUGGCCAGAAAAGAGAGAAUGGGCGGCAUCAGCAUACUUCUUUCGAAGUUGGUGCCUUUUGUUUCAAACAUCGAAGGCAUGGGAGCAAGAAUCAAAAAGAAGAAAGGAGACAACAUUUUCAGCAUGAAGAAAAGCUCGUCGCUGCAUUACACCGAGUUCGACCCCGAGCUGGGUGAUCUACAGAAAAAGCGGUCGCUUGUCAGAAGAGACCGUCAAAGAAUGGACGAGAAUAACCCCAGAUACCACUACACACAAGUUGCCAACCAGCAGCAGAGCCACCUUCGUAUUCAGCCUUCGCUGACGGGUUUGGAUCCCACAGCAAGCCACGAGAGAUCCGGAAGACCCAGUUUUCAGUACCCACAGGUUGCAGAGGAAGAUGAGGGGAUUCCGCUCAUGGAUAUGGACGAUUCACCCAAAGCUGGAAGAGAAAUCAUUGGUUUGAACGACGAGGUGCUGCCCAAGAAGCAGAAGCCAAGGAGCCAACUAGCCCAGCGGGCGGCGGUCGUUCCAAAGAACAAUGACCUUUCGUUCUGGAAGAUCUACUGUUACCUCAUCACAUUCUGGGCCCCAGCACCAAUUCUCAAGCUCUUCGGUCUCAAAACCAAGGAUAGACAGUACGCGUGGAGAGAGAAGAUCGGUCUUAUUUCGUGCAUUUUAUACAUCGGCGCUUUCGUGGCCUACAUCACCUUCGGGUUCACCAGAACGGUCUGCACCAACUCCACCAUCAAAACAAGAAGCAAUGAGGUUUCCAACGGAUACUUGAUCAUAAACGGUCGUUCUUACGACUUGACGUCCUCGCAACACCCCAAAGCAGCGGGAAUUCCUGCUGGUUCUAACAUUUUGUAUCCGCCAAUCAAUGCCGGCGGUAUGGAUGGCUCCUUCUUGUUUCAGAACGUCAACGGUAACUGUAAGGGUUUGAUUCGUCCGAGAGACAACUGUUCGAUUCCACACGAAGGUGAUGAGCUCGCCUGGUACAUGCCUUGUCGUCUUUUUGCUCAGGAUGGAUCUAGUGAGGUCAAUAAUACUGAUGUUUACUACGAUGGCUGGGCUUGUCACACGUCGCUGGAUGCCAGAGACGUCUAUUACAAUAUGGAAGUCAACGGUGAUGUCUACUUUACGUGGGAUGACAUCCGUAACAGCUCGAGAAACUUGGUCGUUUUUUCUGGAGAUGUCUUGGACUUGGAUUUGAUCAACUGGAUCUCCACAGACGAUGUCACUUAUCCCAAACUUUUCAAUGAGUUACGUGACGACUCUCUCUUCAAGGGUCACGAUAUUUCCAUGGUGUUGUCCAGUGGAGAACAGCGUCAGGCUGCCCGUUGUUUGAGCGAAAUCAUCAAGGUCGGUGUCAUUGACUCCGAGACUGUCGGGUGCAUUUGCUCGAAGAUUGUCUUGUAUGUCUCGCUUGUAUUUAUUUUGUCUGUGGUGAUCGUCAAGUUCCUCAUGGCUUGUUACUUCCGCUGGUGGAUCGCUCUGAGACAAGGUGCUUCCGAUUCUGACAAUAAGUCAACGUACGAAAGAGAAAGAGAAAUCGAGGACUGGGUCGACAACCCAACAGCUGCUGCACCUCUCACCACCGUUCCUGCUAAAGCCAGAGCUGACUACCAGACACAGAAGACCAACAGACAGAGUGUGUUCAUCAAGAACUCCCAUGCUCAGAAGUUGAUUCCAGCAGCCGACAUUGGCAAAUACUACGAAGAUGGUGACAAGAAGCUUUCCAAGACUUUCAAGUACACCACUAUGUCUACACAAGCCGCUUUACUCGGUCGCAACAAGAAGCAACUUGGCAGAGAGCAUCAAAGCCGUUCGAUGGUGUUUUCUCACUCCAGAGCCUCUUCCAUGGAUUUGCUCUCACGCCCAGCUUCGAUGCUUGAUCCAUUCCUGGUUCAAAACGAUCCUAUCAACGGAUUGAGUCCUGAAAUUAUCCACCCUGACGUCGUUCCUCAGCCACCAGUUGAAUACCAGCCAUUUGGCUACCCAUUGGCCCACCUUAUUACAUUGGUUACUUGUUACUCCGAAGAUGAGGAGGGUUUGCGUACCACCUUGGACUCUGUGGCCACCACUGAUUACCCUAACUCACACAAGUUGAUUUUGAUGGUCUGUGACGGUAUGAUUAAGGGUUCAGGUUCCGACAUCACUACUCCUGACAUUGCCUUGGGCUUGAUGACAGACUUUGCUAUUCCACCUGAGGAUGUCCAGGCAUACUCUUAUGUUGCUGUUGCUCAAGGUACGAAGCGUCAUAAUAUGGCCAAGGUUUACGCUGGUUUCUACAAGUAUGACGACUCUACUGUGCCACCAGAGAAGCAGCAAAGAGUGCCAAUCAUCACGGUUGUCAAGACUGGUACUCCCGAUGAGGCUGGUACUGCUAAACCAGGUAACAGAGGUAAGCGUGAUUCUCAGAUCAUCAUGAUGUCUUUCUUGCAGAAGGUGAUGUUUGACGAGAGAAUGACCCAAUUGGAAUAUGCUUUGCUUGAAUCUAUCUGGCGUGUGACUGGACUCAUGGCUGAAUUUUACGAAAUGACAUUGAUGGUGGAUGCCGAUACCAAGGUUUACCCUGACUGUUUGACCCAUAUGUGUGCUGAAAUGAUCAAGGACCCAGCCAUCAUGGGUUUGUGUGGUGAGACGAAGAUCGCCAACAAAAGAGACAGUUGGGUCACUGCCAUUCAGGUUUUCGAGUACUACAUUUCGCAUCACCAGGCCAAGGCCUUUGAAUCUGUUUUCGGUGGUGUCACUUGUUUGCCCGGUUGUUUCUCCAUGUACAGAAUCAAGUCGCCUAAGGGUGACAAUGGUUACUGGGUGCCAAUUUUGGCGAACCCAGAUAUCGUGGAAAGAUACUCGGACAAUGUUACCGACACCUUGCACAAGAAGAACUUGUUGUUGUUGGGUGAGGAUCGUUUCCUCUCGAGUUUGAUGUUGAAGACUUUCCCCAAGAGACACCAGAUUUUCGUUCCCAAGGCCGCCUGUAAGACUAUUGUGCCAGACAAGUUCAUGGUUUUGUUGUCGCAGCGUCGUCGUUGGAUUAACUCGACGGUGCAUAACUUGUUUGAAUUGGUUUUAGUGAAUGAUUUGUGUGGUACUUUCUGUUUCUCGAUGCAGUUUGUCAUUUUCAUUGAGUUGGUCGGUACGUUGGUGUUGCCUUGUGCCAUUGCCAUCACCAUUUACGUGAUUAUCUUUGCCAUUGUGUCGUCGCCUACACCUAUCAUUUAUGUGGUGUACUUCUUCAUCUACCUUAUCGCCUUGCCCAUCUGGAACUUUGUGUUCCCUACUUACGCGUACUGGAAGUUCGAUGACUUCAGUUGGGGUAACACAAGAACCGUGGCCGGCGAGGCAGCAGGAGCAGGUAAGGGUGGCCACAACGGAGAAGGUGUGUUUGACUCGUCGAGCAUUGUCAUGAAGAGAUGGAGAGAGUGGGAAGGCGCCAGACGGGAUGAGUUGGCCGCUCCACAAUUAGCAUGGGACCCCAACCCAGAGAAGGAGUUGGAGUACUCAGAAGGGUCGCUGGGAUCGCCAUAG